AGCAUCUAGCGGAAAGUCCUUUUGCUUUUUGGUGCUUUUUCUUUUCUUUUUUUCUUUUUGGGAUUUGUGACCCAUCCACUGCUUGUGUACUUCUCCAGCCCAAAUAUAUCUUCAUAUCUGUACAUGCGCCUGCGUUUUCGCCGUACAAUAAUCGAUCUCUCAUUGAACUGAAGAUUUUCCGAUAAGCUGAUCGAGUAUCCCUCCAAAACAUAUAAAGAUCAAGUGAGGAAAUCUCGUUUGAAUUACAUUCUUCAUACUGUUGCACACGAUGCUUAAGAUCCCAGAACAUCAGGUUGCAGGUCACAGGGCCCGUGACGGACUGCUUGGCCCUCUCAUAGAUGAUUCGGGGCGCUUCUACAAGCCUCUUCAGGAUGGCGAGCGUGGCUCUAGAGAGGUGGCCUUCUACACCUCCUUCUCUUCUAAUACAAGGAUUCCAGAUCACAUCCGCAAAUACUUUCCUGUCUUCUAUGGCACUCAACUUUUAGAGGCAUCUGAUGGAUCUGGGUUGUGCCCCCACCUCGUCUUGCAGGAUGUUGUCGCUCGUCGUGUGCAUCCAUCCAUCAUGGAUAUUAAGCUUGGUUCCAGAACAUGGUAUCCACAGGCACCAGAAGACUAUAUCCAGCGGUGCUUUAAGAAAGAUAAAGAAACCAGCAGCUUGUCAUUGGGUUUUAGGAUAUCUGGCUUGAGGAUAUAUGGCAAUAAAGAAUCAGGAUUUUGGGAGCCUGAGAAGAAGCGUGUCCGGAAUCUUACUGCAGAUGAGGUUAGAUUGGUUCUGAGGAAGUUUGUUUCUUCCAAUGCAUCUGCUGAUCCAAAUUUGAUACCAGAUAGUUUUUUUGCCUCGAGUGUUUAUGGUGGUUCUACUGGGAUUUUGGCUCAGUUAUUGGAGCUGAAAGCAUGGUUUGAAGAUCAAACUAUCUACCAUUUCAACUCUUGUUCUGUUCUUAUGGUGUAUGAGAAGGAAUCACUGCUAAAAGACGAGAAUUCAGGUGCGGAAGUGAAACUUAUCGACUUUGCUCAUGUCAUGGAAGGCAAUGGUGUGAUUGACCAUAACUCCUUGGGUGCUCUUUGCUCUUUGAUUAAGUUUGUCUCAGAGAUUCUAACCAGUCCAGAUGAGUGCUCAACAAAAAUUUGUUCACCGGAUUCUGAGAAGAGCAGUGUUUUUAAUGGUGACAGCAACAAAGAGUGAAACGAACUUUUCACAGUGCAGAAGGGUUUGGGAUUAUAUUACUUUUUGCUAGGUGGGGUCUUAAAAUUACAUUCAGGUUGUUGAAACUUUCCUACUGAGCUAAUCUGUUGAUGGCUAUUUUGUUGCGUCUUAUUGGCGAAAUUAACCUAUGCUAAUGUUCUUAUUUUUAGCCUAAAAUAAAAGGUCAUGGAUUGUAAACCCCAAUGAAAUUUUCCAUUAUUUUAUUAGAAGUCCCAUUCCCAUUCUGAUUUACAGUUUA